GGGACUGGGGUCGGGGCCUGGGAGUAGGGUUGGGACCGGGACCGCAUCCUGGGAUCUGCGACUGGGAUCGGGACGGGGACUUGGGACUGCGACUGGCACCGGCUCCUAGGACUCGGAGCGGGAGCGGCGCGGGGCCAUGCCGUACCUGGGCGGCGAGGAGGCGCAGCGGGAGCUCCGCCGGGCGCUGUCGAACCCGCACGUGCAGGCGGACCCGGCGCGGUAUCGCGGCGCCGUGCUGCGCGUGAUCCGGCUGAUGGCGCAGGGCGUCGACGUGUCGGGGCUGUUCCCAGAGAUGGUGAAGGCGGGCGCGGUGCCGGACGUGGUGCAGAAGAAGCUGGUGUCCUUCUACGUGCGCUCCCAGGCCCCGCGGCAGCCGCAGCUGGCGCUGCUCGCCGUCAACUCCCUGCGCAAGGACUGCGCGCACCCCAGCCCGGCCGUGAGGGGGCUCGCCCUGCGCACCAUGUGCGGCCUCAGGAUGCCCGGGAUCCAGGAGUACCUGCAGCAGCCCCUCGUGAGCGGGCUGAGGGACAAGGCGUCCUACGUGCGCAGGGUGGCCGUGCUAGGCUGUGCCAAGAUGGUGAAGCUGCAGGGGGACUGCGAAGUGGAUGGUGCUCUGGUGAACGAGCUCUACAGUUUGCUUCGUGACCAGGACCCCAUUGUGGUAGUGAACUGUCUGAGGGCCUUGGAAGAGAUCCUGAAGAAGGAGGGAGGUGUUGUCAUCAACAAACCCAUUGCCCAUCAUCUCCUCAACAGGAUGCCUGACCUGGAUCAGUGGGGGCAGAGUGAGGUGCUCACCUUCCUGCUGCGCUACAAACCGCGCAGCGAGGACGAGCUCUUCGACAUCCUCAACCUGCUCGAUGGCUACCUCAAGAGCAGCAGUCCCAGCGUUGUGAUGGCAGCCACCAAGCUGUUCCUGGUGCUGGCCAGGGAGUACCCAGAUGUGCAGACAGAUGUGCUGGUGCGGGUGAAGGGCCCGCUGCUGUCUGCCUGCACCUCGGAGAGCAGGGAGCUGUGCUUCACUGCACUCUGCCACGUGCGCCAGAUCCUCAGGACCCUGCCCGGCCACUUCAGCAGCCACUACAAAAAGUUCUUCUGCUCCUACUCAGAGCCCCACUAUAUCAAAUGCCAGAAGAUGGAGGUGCUGUGUGAGCUGGUGAAUGAUGAAAAUGUGCAGCAGGUUCUGGAGGAGCUGAAGGGUUACUGCACUGACGUGUCAGUGGAGCUGGCGCAGGGAGCAAUCUUUGCCAUAGCCAGUAUUGCCAGGACAUACACAGAGCAGUGUGUGGGGAUUCUGACAGAGCUUCUAGGGCUUCAGCAGGAGCACAUCACCUCAGCUGUGGUCCGUGCUUUCCGAGACCUAGCCUGGCUGUGUCCCCAGUGCACAGAUGCCGUGUGCCAGGCGCUGCCUGGCUGUGAGGACACCAUCCAGGACAACGAGGGCAAGCAAGCGCUGGUCUGGCUCCUGGGCACACAUGGGGAGAAGAUCCCCAAUGCUCCCUAUGUCUUGGAGGACUUUGUGGAGAAUGUGAAGUCUGAGACAUUCCCAGCAGUGAAGAUGGAGCUCCUGACGGCGCUGCUGCAGCUCUUCCUGGCCCGGCCCGCCGAGUGCCAGGACAUGUUGGGCAGGCUGCUCUACUACUGCAUUGAGGAAGAGCAGGACAUGGCUGUGCGGGACCGUGGGCUGUUCUACUAUCGCCUUCUGCAGUCUGGGGUGGAGGAAGUGAAGCGAGUCCUGUGCAGCCCCAAGUCUGACCCCUCCCUGGGGCUCCUGGGGGACCAGAGCAAGCAGCCUGUCAAUGCCUGGGCUUGGGAGUUCAACACUCUGGCCACAGUUUAUGGCAGAGAGCGCUGGGCACUCGCCACUGCUCAGCAGCCUGUGGAACCCUCUUACUCUUGCUCGCCUUAUGCUGACUCCAGGAACAGAGACACAGAGUCACUGGUUUCUGAAGGGAGUAAGGAAGUCCUUGAGGUUCACCCUGAUACUCCAGUGUCUGAAGGGAAUAAAGAACUCCUCAAGGCUCAUCCUGAUGCAGGCAGCCUAAGCUUGAUUCCUGAUGUUUCCCUGACUGCAGAAGAGUUUGAGAAGACCUGGCUGAGCCUGGACACGAGCUGCCAGCUCUCUCUGCCCUGGUGUGGGCUUGUCCAUGCAGACACCAUCCAGACAGCCCUUCGUGUUGUGCACAUCCAGACCAUUGCCAUGAGCAAAGCUGGAGCCCAGCCCUGGAAAGCUUAUCUGAGUGCCCAGGAUGACUCGGGCUGCCUCUUCCUCACAGAGCUCCUGCUUGAGGCAGCAGAUACAGAGCUGCAGAUUUCGGUGAAGCAAAAUGAAACAAAGCCAGAGGCUCUGCAAUCCUUCAUCUCAGCCUUGAGGACAGUCCUGGAGGCGGUGGCUGGACUGGAGUCUUGACUGGUCCCUGCUCCCAGCAGGAUGCAUCCUCAGGGCACAGGAAAAGUUGAUUUCUCUGGCUUUUGCCACACCCAGUGCUGGUUUGGUAGUUUGAAACUACACAGUUUGCAGUUUACCUGGAAAGCCUGGGUGGUGUGGGGGAAGCUGGGGCUGGGGAACAGGGUAGGGUCACUCUGGUGUGAAUCACAUGACUGCUGGCAUCUGUGGGGGUUGUCAUGAGGCACAAAUGUCACUGAUGGAACCAGAACUGAGCAGAAUCCAGGGGUGUGUUUUAGAGAGGUUUUUUCCCUGAGAAUUAUAAAUAAUUAAAACAAACAAAACAAAAUGCCAGAGGCACCAGGACUCUGCCACUUAUCUCACACUAAGAGGAUCAGUGCAGUGAGGAGAGAAUAUUUCUUUCUUGGCUCCCUUUACAUUUAUUUUAAUUUGCUGUCUGAUUUUAUUAGUAGCUUUACUUGGGGGUGAAGAGAGCUCUGCUGUGCCAGAGGAGGGUAUGCAGAGUACAUCCUGCUCACUGGAACCAGCAUGGUCCACUUCCAAGAGACGGGUUUUUAGUUUGAAUGUGUUACUGAGGUGAGAAUUGCCCUCUCUGAAGUUCCCCCCAGCUCCCUGUGCUCUUUCCAGACUCACUGACUGAGGGUGAGGUAUGCAGUGAGAUUGACCUAACAGGGCUUUAGGUACUCUGUGAGGAGCACAAGCUUUUUUUGACCCUAUUCUGCCUGAUUUCUUGUAAUUUUUGAUUUCUUUGAAUGAUAUGAUUGGCCCUCAAAUGGCACUAUGCCUUCCAUGCACUUCACUGAAACCCUGUCACUGUUAGAGAGACUUCUGCUUUUCCUAAU